UUACAGGUGAUAAAUCCAAUGGGAUGGGAUGCAUUUGGAUUACCUGCAGAGAAUGCGGCAAUUGAUCAUGGCUUGCAUCCAGCAGACUGGACACAAAGGUGCUUGUUUUUCUUGCUGCUUUAUGCAUGUGUCAGUUCUGAAGCAGAAUAUUGCUGCUCUUGCUCCUUUCCAUGUUCUUUUAGCCUCUGCUCUACAGAAAAUGCCCCAGGUUAGAGAGAUAUGCACCUAGCAAUGUCUCUGUCAUUAGAAUUUGUCUAUAACUGUGCCUGGUACCAACACCUAGGAUUGUGCAUACUUUCUCUAGCUCAUCAGGUAUUAAGCCAAGCUUUCUCCUAAAUGGGAUGAUACAACUGUGUGAAUGCAUGAGGAGCAUCAGUUACACACUACGUAUGUAGGAAUUUGCAGCUCACUCUUCCCAUAGGGUGGUGCUGUGGGUUAAACCACAGAGCCUAGGGUUUGCCGAUCAGAAGGUCGGCGGUUCGAAUCCCCGCGAUGGGGUGAGCUCCCAUUGUUCAGUCCCAGCUCCUGCCAACCUAGCAGCUCGAAAGCAUGUCAAAGUGCGGGAAGGUAAACGGCUUUUCCGUGCACUGUUCUGGUUCGCCAGAAGCGGCUUAGUCAUGCUGGCCACAUGACCCGGAAGCUGUACGUCGGCUCCCUUGCGCAGGGGCCAUGCUAAUCUUCUCUGUAUCAUUCCAAUUUUAGUAUAUGUGCUGCCGAAGCGAGCACAGGCCUAUAGAGCGAGAUGAGCGUCGCAACCCCAGAGUCGGCCAUGACUGGACCUAAUGGUCAGGGGUCCCUUUACCUUUACCUUCCCAUAUUGGACCAGAAAUAAGAUUUUUUUCUUAAAAUUGUGUCACUCAUAUAAAUAUUACAAAAUGAUUUGGUUUUAGUUAAUCUGUAAUUGAAAUGGGGUUCAGUAAGUAGCAAUCUUGCAAAGGAUUUUUAUAAAGUGAAUAGUGGAUGGAACUCUGAGGCCGUUUAAGUUGACCCAAUGCAAGUUGGAGGAGUUUAGGAGCCUUUUCUUGGGAGCAGUUGUUUCUGAAAUAUUCUUUUCUGUUUAAAUAUGGAUUUUAUUUUGUCUUUCAGUAAUAUUCGGCACAUGCGAAAGCAGCUUGAAGCAUUAGGCUUGUAUUUUAGUUGGGAUCGGGUAAGCUUUUUUUCUUUUAAAAUGUAUACUUCAUGAAACUUAAUUGUCUGCAUUAUUGAAGUGUGUGUGUGUUAUAAGUGUUUCAUAUUGUUAACAUGCAUGAAUCUGAAGUCAGUUUUAAGAAAAUUCUUCUCUAGGAUGAGUUUACUUACUAUUGUUGUUUAAACCUAUUAGUUUCUUGUCUCCAAGUAACUUACAUUGAUAAAAACGUACAUAAUUGCAUUAUACCAUAGACGAGGGCAGGAAUUGUGUAACAUAUUAAUAUUCCGUACAACAUUUUAAAACACACACAAAGCAACCACCACAUAAUAAUGGUGGAAAAUAUUGGCAGCACACUAACAAUAAACAGAACAAUACACCCACCCUCUCACCAGUGGACAAAAAUAGAAACUCAGCGCUGACAUCCCCUCGCUAGCCGAGGAGUUAUGACAUGCUUUAUGACUUACAAUGUGAUUAUUUGUUACACAAAGCACUAUCAAUGUGCAUGGCCCUCUGUAGGGCACAAACGGACAGGUCCCUGAUGCAAGGAGCUUACAGUCUCAAUACAGGAGAAGCAGUGGAGGAAGGCGAGAGAGGUGGGGGCAGGGCUAAAAUAAAGAAGCAAUAUGCAGUUGUUUGUUGCUUGUACUGGGGCUGAGUUGCAGCAGGGCAUGAGAACUAGGGGGCUGAGCCAUAGGGUUAGGAGAAAACGUGGGCAUGAGUGAUAAUGACGACAAUAUGAUUUCUUAACCUACACCAGGGGUCAGCAAACUUUUUCAGCAGGGGGGUGGUCUAUACUUUGAAAAGACUAUACUUUGAAAAGAAAAAAAGAAUGAAUUCCUGUGCCCCACAAAUAACCCAGAGAUGCAUUUUAAAUAAAAGCACACGUUCUACUCAUGUAAAAACACCAGGCAGCCCCCACAAAUAACCCAGAGAUGCUUUUUAAAUAAAAGGACAUACAGUGGUACCUCGGGUUACAUACGCUUCAGGUUACAGACUCCGCUAACCCAGAAAUAGUACCUCGGGUUAAGAACUUUGCUUCAGGAUGAGAACAGAAAUCGUGCUUCGGCGGCGCAGCGGCAGCAGGAGGCCCCAUUAGCUAAAGUGGUGCUUCAUGUUAAGAACAGUUUCAGGUUAAGAACGGACCUCUGGAAUGAAUUAAGUACUUAACCCGAGGUACCACUGUACAGUAUUCUACUCAUGUAAGAACACGCUGAUUCCUGGACCGUCCACGGGCUGGAUUUAGAAGGCGAUUGGGCCAGAUCUGGCCCCCAGGCCUUAGUUUGCCUACCCAUGACCUACACACUGUGCAUUGCACAGUACUUGAGAUUAACAAAGGGGGAGCUAUGUUGUCAGGCUUGCAGUCUAAAUAAGCGCAUGAGGAAAAAGGCAGAGUAUAAAAAACGGCCAGAGAAUCAUUUGGUAGCUGAUCAUCUGUGUCACUGGUGAGAAGCUUGACUUACUUCCUCUUCCCUGAGCCUAGAAAUCUGUUUGUGCUGUUAUGCUUUGCUCACAAGUGUUAUCAAGACUCUAUCAGAGUUGCACAUUAGUAGGCAGUAGUGGCUGGUGCCCCUUGGUUCUGGUAGAGCAGAAGGGCACGGAGGCCAACAUUAGUUGGAGCCAGAGUCAAUGACAGGCAGAGCCAACUAUUUUCUACCUGCUGAGUUCUGUGAUGAUAACACAGACUAAGGAAGCUGAUAGCCAGUGCUGUAUGUAAGUAACUGAAUGUAAGUUAAGACAGCAGGCAGUUGGAAGCUGGCUAAUGACAGGCUGAGGUUGGUGGGGAACUGCCGCAUUCACACCUAAUGAAACAGUCUCCUCUGUUAGUGAAUGAACCACUUAGAAUCAUCGAAUUGGAGGGAGACGUCUAGACCUUCUAGUCCAAUCACCAGUUUGAUGCAGGAAAUCCAGAGUUGGUGCAUUCUCCCAGCAGGUGUCUCACCAUUGUCUGGUUCCAUUGUCACACUGCUCUUACCUUCAAGAAUGUCGAACCAAAGUGUACUCUCUUGUCGCUUAAUCCCAUUAAGCUUGAGGAGGAUGUGUCUGUGCUGCCUGCCGUAGCCCUAUACAUCGAGCCCAGUAAUAUAAAUAUGCUGUAAAGGCUUUACUGGCUCUGCCAAGAAACUUACAUUGCCCCCUGCUCUCAAAUUGUGAAGCAACAGGGUAUGGGUUUAGGCACACUUAAAACUCUGGCAGAUUGUGGCCAUGGAUUCCCCUAUCUACUUAAAAUGGCUUCCUUGAUUUAGUGGGUGAUAUUCAGGACUGCUGUGUAUUCAUUAGAGUGCACAUGGAAUACUGAAUCAGGUGGUCAUCUUUUGAACGAACCACUUAUCGUUCUGAGGAACCAAUACUGAAAUUGCUCUUAUUCUGUUUACAGGAAAUAACCACUUGUUUGCCGGAGUACUAUAAGUGGACACAGUAUCUUUUUAUUAAGCUUUAUGAAGCGGGGUUAGCCUAUGAAAAUGAAGUAA